AUGAACGAUCCGCCGCCGUCCUACGAAGACGCCGUCUUGGGCGGCGGCUCUACUUUUGCCGCCACGGCAGCGGCGGCGCUCGUCUGCGACGGACCGCGCUACCACGCGAGGAGAUGCAGCGAGGCGGGUGUGGAGGCGUCUGGUGGAUUUGCGCUGGACAAUGAGGAAGAUGGAGAGGAAGGAGAAGCGCUGCCACAGCAGCAGGAAGAAGGCGACAGCGGCGGAGAAGGAGGAUUCUGGGUGUCGAGCAGCACAAGGCUGGGCGUCAACAUCGGCGGGAGCUUCAUCGGCCUGGUGGGCGAGGAACACGAGUUUGGGUUCAAGAUUGGAGGGGUAACUGUCGGUGUGAAGACGAUUUGA